GGUGACAGGGCUAAAAAAUUAGUGAAAAAUUAGAAAAUUAUGAAAAGUCGAGUGCAAUUAUCCAAUUUUACUUGGUAAUAAUCGCGGAAAAUUAAUGACUGAUUGCGGACGAGUUUAUGUGAAAAUGAUAAUUAAAUUCUUACGAUUGAUCGAUGUCGCCACUGGUCUCGAUAAUUAAUAACGUGUAAUUUAAUUUUUCUCCUGCAACACAUCCCUUCAUCUGUUCGUUAAACAGUAUUUUUCGAGUGAAAACAUCUCUGUAAAUACUUGCCGCUGUCGAGUGAGUGUCGAGAGAGCGCCCAAUUCGGUAACUGAGAGGACAGCUCGGGCUUUUCCACCUGGCAGGGGUUCAAUAUCACAGCCAUGACCUGUGAGGGCAUUAAAAUUACGUAAAAAAUAGGAAUUAAUUGCUUAAUUUUGAUGAAUUCCCUCUUUUGAGCGUUUUGUGUUUCGAAAAAUGGUUUAUUGGAUCCUUAAGAAACAAUUUGUCAAGAGGUUUUGUCAGUCUGGUGUAGACAAUAACGAUUGAGAGUGCUGUGUACAACAAUUCUUUAUUUUUCAUUGAAAUUAUCGGGAAGAGUCAAUUAACACAGAGCUCCAGCUAAUUUUGAAUCUGGCGAGUGAUCAGUGUUUCGUUGACAAUAAGUCAAUUACUAACAAUGCAGUCGAAAUACCUUCUCAUUGCUGGUCUGGUGCCAUUCAUCGCUCUUGAUAUCUGGCAUACUGGAGCAUUCGUGAUAUGCACAGCCAAGGUGAUGAUCGUGACGUACCUCAUAAUAUUCGGCAUUUGUCCGCUGAUAUUCCAUUAUUCGUAUGGCUUUCAACGUAAAGUGCUCUUCUUAAACUUUGUACACUGGCCCCCAUCAAUAGACUUUGAUAAUCCCGAGAGCGUAGGCCUCGAGGGGGCGCGAAAUUUCUAUUUAAGUACGAGCGAGGAUGUUAAAAUAGGUACAUGGCAGAUUCUGCCGAGAUCGCUGGUGAAUGAGUCUGUCAAGUGGACUGAGGAGGACUUCAAUGCAGCACUGAGGAGUCCACAGAGGCCUGUAUUCCUGUACAUGCAUGGGAACAGUGGAAAUCGAGCCAGUAGCCACAGAGUGGAGCUUUACAAGGUCUUUCAGCAGCUGGAUUACCACGUCAUUGCCUUCGACUACAGAAGCUACGGGGACAGUGACCCUGCGGAUCUGUCGGAGGAUGGGGUCGUUGAAGACAGCAAAUUUGUGCUGCAGUGGCUGAUGAAGAAGGUCAAUGGGAGUGUGCCAAUAUUCGUCUGGGGACACUCGUUGGGGACUGGAGUAUCCAGUCACGCCCUGGCACUCCUCGCAGAGGAGAAUGUCAACCCAACGGGGCUCUUCCUCGAGUCUCCAUUCAACAACAUGAAUGACGAGUUGAGCUAUCACCCCUUCGCUCAGAUAUUCAAACACUUGCCCUGGUUCCACUGGGUAAUUGUGCAGCCGUUCUACGGUAAUGGCUUGAAAUUCGAGUCUGAUAAGCACAUUGGGGGCUUCAAGUGUCCUGUGAUGAUUCUUCACGCUGAGGAUGACAACGUCAUACCCAUUUCCUUGGGGGAAAAGCUGUAUAAAGAAGGAUUGAGAUUACAUAAAGAUGACCCCAAUCAGGUGGACAUGGUCAGGAUAAAUGGGUCCUUGGGACUUGGUCACAAGUACAUAUGUCGAUAUGAACCUCUACCAAAUAUAAUUGAGACAUUCGUAGCAAAAGCCCAGUCUAGACACCGUCAAUGAGGAGAUUUACCUAAAUUCAGGAAAUUUAGUAUAAUAUUUAUGCCGAAGAAAUCCGGCGAGUUGACUCAAUUCUCAUUUGAUUUCACCAGGAUCCAAUAAUACUUAAUUACGUAUUAUUUGAGUGACUUGUGUCCAGUAUUUUUGUGAUAAAUACGAAAUUGAGAAAAUGUGCAUUAAUAAUUUACUUGUUUUUUCUUGGGAGUAAGUCUGAUUGAUGAUUAGAUAUUGUGUGAGUGUACGCUUCAGUGAGGAUUUGGUUUAAUUUAUGUGUUCAAGUGAUGAAAGAUGAUAAUAAAUGUGAAGCUCUUCGUCUCA